CCCAUACUCCAAACUCUCAGAUUCACUGAACAACUCCAUUUUCAGACCCAAAAAUCUCUCUCACAUAAUAUACAUGAAACGAUGGAAGACAGAGACACAGAGCUACUCUCGCGAGUCACUGCAAACCACCUCUUCUUAGCCCAAUUCGAACCCUUCCGAGCCACCCUCCUCAGCCUCCGAGCUCGAAAUCCAGACCUAGCACGAGCCAUCCUCCAAACCGUUGUCGCUCGUGGAGGCCGAUUCGACUCGGUCAUCUGGUCCCAAUCUUGCCCAUCUCCUUCUCUCCUCACAUACCUCUCAACCCUUGAACUUCUCCAAUUCAACGAUGCUUCGUCAAUUUGGAGUUGUGAUCCCGAAACACUACGGUUAAGGGUUGAAUUUUUACUACUGGUGCAAACUAUAACUUCCAGGGUCUCAGAGAGUCUUCGGAGGGUGAUUGAUUUGGAGGGUUUUGAGAAAGAUGUUGGUGAAUUGGAGUCGCAAGAUUCUCGAGCCGAGUUGAUGGCAGAAAACCCAGAACUGAGGGAGUUCAAUGGUGAUUUGGUUGAAUCUUUGCGCGUUUUGGAUAAGAUUUCGGAGCUGGGAUUGAGCAGGUUGAAGCCGGAUUUGGUUGUUGUUGAUGAGGGAGAGAUAGGUGGAUCUUCUUCCGGUGGAGUUGUGUCAUUGGAGGAAUCAGAAUUGAUAUGUUUGAAGAGGGUAAUAUUGGAGAAUUCAGAUUUAUUUGAUGCAUUGUGCGAGAACAUACAGAAGCAAAUUCUCUGGGUUGAAAAUGAUGAUUCGGGUUUAGCCAUUACAUUGAGGACAGAAGGUAAGCGUUCAGAGGAAGAUGUGAAUGGGCUUAAGUUGAUAGCAAGGAGUGUUCAGAUUGCUCAUUUGGAUGCUAUGAAGGAAUGCUUGAAGGAGAGCGAUGAAGGAGUGGUGGUGUCUCAUAUUCGUUUUCUUCACCUGAAUUACGGAGUGGAGGAGAUUGAAUACCGCAAGGUUUUGCAAGAUCUUCUCAAGAGGGUUUUGUCAGGAAAGGCUGAAUAUGGAGACACCUGGUUUGCCAUUCGGGAAAAAUUAUUGUUUCUUUAUGGAGAAGCUAUUUCAUCAAACUCAACAGAUCUUGUUCAAAUUAUUCAGGUUAUUCAUGAUGAAUUGCUGUCCGAAGAGAUUGAGAUGUAUAGAGCUUCAGAUAACAAUUGGAUUCUACCCCCUCUUGAGCGUCUUCAAAAAUUUAUUGCUGAAUUGAAACCUGAGACGAGUUCAAAUGACAAUACUUUAUCCUUGAGCAUGGCAAUCUGUUCUUGCAUGAGAGAGAUGUACCAUAGUGCUCGUAUUUCUGGAUUUAAUGUGUUGGAAUGUGUCAUAGAUACUGCCCUGUCUGCUGUCAGGAGGGAGCAGCUUCAAGAAGCUAGCAAUGUUCUUUCAUUGUUCCCCCGACUGCAACCCGUAGUUGCUGUCAUGGGUUGGGAUCUAUUAUCUGGAAAAACAACUGCAAGGAGGAAACUGAUGCAACUUUUGUGGACAACUAAGUCACAAGUUUUACGGCUGGAAGAGUCGUCUCUAUAUGGUAGUCAAUCAAAUGAGGUAUCCUGUGUCGAACAUCUUUGUGAUUCUCUAUGUUAUCAGCUUGAUCUUGCUUCUUUUGUUGCCUGUGUCAAUUCUGGCCAAUCUUGGAAUUCAAAAUCCUCAUUACUGAUUUCUGGAAAAGAAUCAAUUGGAUAUAGAGAUGAAGAUGCUCUCUGGGACCCUUUCGUCGAAAAUUUUGUGCUGGAAAGACUAUCUGUUCAGAGUCCACUUCGGGUUUUGUUCGAUGUAGUUCCAGGCAUUAAAUUUCAAGAUGCAAUCGAGUUGAUUAGCAUGCAGCCAAUUACUUCUACUGUAGAAGCCUGGAAAAGGAUGCAAGAUAUUGAACUUAUGCACAUGCGUUAUGCGCUGGAAUUUACUGUCCUUGCUCUGGGAGCCAUGGAAAGUAGCAAGACUGAUGAAACAGGAAGCCAUUACCAAAUGCCUGUAUGCUAUUUGAAAGAUCUUCGGAAACAUCUUGAAGCGAUUAGCAAUGUUCCGCGCAAGAUUUGUAUGGUGAACAUCAUUAUCUCGCUUUUACACAUGGAUGGUCUCUCUCUCAAUUUAACACAUUGUGCUUCACCUAGGAGCCAUUCUGAGUUAUCUAAUAGUUGUAAUUGGGAACAUGCUGAUCCUGCUACAUAUGAGGCUGGAAACAAGAUGGUUGUAUCUUUUAUAGGGCUGUUACUUGAAAUAUUGCACCAGAAUCUACCAUCUGCUGUAUUUGAGACAGAAAAUAUGUUUAAUGGCAACAUUAGUACUGAUGGAAUACAAGCAUUAGAGUGGAGAAUCAAGGACGCGAAACAUUUUAUUGAAGAUUGGGAAUGGCGUUUGUCAAUUUUGCAACGUCUUCUGCCAUUAUCUGAACGCCAGUGGAGAUGGAAAGAAGCAUUAACAAUAUUACGUGCGGCCCCAUCUAAACUUCUCAAUCUUUGCAUGCAAAGGGCGAAGUAUGACAUUGGAGAAGAGGCUGUCCAUCGGUUUUCCUUACCUCCAGAAGAUAAAGCAACACUUGAAUUGGCUGAAUGGGUAGAUGGCGCCUCCAGAAGAGCAUCUGUAGAGGAUGUGGUGUCUCGAGCUGCUGAUGGAACUUCUGCUGUUCAAGAGUUAGACUUUUCUUCCUUGCGUUCUCAGCUAGGUCCUUUGGCUGCAAUUCUUCUAUGUAUUGAUGUUGCUGCAACUUCUGCGAGGUUUGCAGCUAUGUCUCAGAAGCUCCUGGAUCAGGCUCAGAUUAUGUUAUCUGAAAUUUAUCCCGGAGGUUCUCCUAAGAUAGGCUCAACUUAUUGGGAUCAGAUACAUGAAGUUGGGAUUAUUUCUGUAAACAGGCGUGUUCUCAAGCGUCUGCAUGAAUUUUUGGAACAGGAUAAACCACCAGCUCUUCAGGCCAUCUUAUCUGGGGAGAUUACCGUUUCUUCAUCAAAAGAGUCUCACCGGCAGGGACACAGGGAACGUGCCCUUGCUCUGUUGCAUCAAAUGAUUGAAGAUGCUCACAGGGGGAAGCGGCAGUUUCUAAGUGGUAAGCUUCACAACCUUGCAAGGGCUGUUGCUGAUGAAGAAACAGAAAGAGAUUAUAUGAAAGGGGAUGGCUCAUAUCCUGAUAGGAAAGUUCUUCUAGACUAUGACAAGGAUAGAGUUUUAGGGCUUGGGUUAAGAGCUAUCAAACAGGCAUCAAUCAAUUCAUCAGCUGGUGAAAAUAAUGUGCAGCCUUCCGGUUAUGAUGUCAAAGAUGCUGGAAAGAGAUUAUUUGGCCCUUUGAGUACCAAGCCUACCACUUAUCUAUCACAAUUUAUACUCCAUAUUGCUGCAAUAGGAGACAUAGUUGAUGGGACUGAUACAACUCAUGAUUUUAACUAUUUCUCACUCGUUUAUGAGUUGCCUAAAGAUCUUUUAACCCGUCUAGUUUUUGAUCGAGGCAGCACUGAUGCAGCUGAAAAGGUAGCAGAAAUUAUGUAUGCUGAUUUUGUCCACGAAGUAAUUUCAGCAUGUGUACCUCCUGUCUAUCCUCCGCGGUCUGGUCAUGGUUGGGCAUGCAUUCCUGUGAUUCCCAGUUGUUCUAAGAGUUGCCCGGAAAGGAAGUUUGUUUCCCUCUCUUCUAGAGAAGCUAAGCCGAAUUCUUAUGGCCGUUCCUCAGCCACACCUGGUAUCCCUCUUCACCCUCUUCAGCUGGACAUAGUGAAGCAUCUUGUUAAACUAUCUCCAGUAAGGGCUGUGUUGGCAUGUGUGUUUGGGAGUAGUAUACUGAACCACGGUAGUGAUUCGACCAUAUGUGGUUCCUUAAAUGAUGAAUUGCUGCAGACACCUGAUUCUGACAGGUUGUUCUAUGAGUUUGCUCUUGAUCAAUCUGAAAGGUUCCCAACUUUGAAUCGUUGGAUACAAAUGCAAACUAACCUUCACCGAGUUUCCGAGUUUGCUGUAACAUCUGAACGUACAACAGAGGAUGGUGUUGUUAAACCCGAAGUAAAAACUGCAAUCAAGCGAUUCCGUGAACAUGACAGCGAUACCGAGUCAGAAGUUGAUGAAAUCGCUGUUAGCUCUAACAUAUCAACUGCUUUGCCCGACCUCAACAAUCAGGGCAAUGCAGCUCCUGAUCCUUGGCUUGAUUCUCCAAAAUCUGAAGUUGCUGAAAUUGAUAAGACGGUUUUCCUUUCUUUUGAUUGGGAAAAUGAAGGGCCCUAUGAAGCAGCAGUGGAGCGGUUGAUUGAUGAAGGAAAAUUAAUGGAUGCUCUUGCUCUUUCGGAUCGUUGUUUACGCAAUGGAGCCUCGGAUCGGCUACUUCAGCUACUGAUUGAACAUGGCGAUGAAAACAUUUUUGUCUCUGGGCAAUCUCAAGGUUAUGCUGGUCAUGGCGUUUGGAGCAAUAGUUGGCAAUAUUGUCUGCGCCUGAAGGAUAAACAGCUGGCUGCUAGACUUGCCCUCAAAUAUUUGCACAGAUGGGAACUGGAUGCUGCUCUGGAUGUUCUUACCAUGUGCAGUUGCCACUUAAAUGAUAGUGAUCCACUUAAGAAUGAGGUCAUUCAAAUGAGACAAGCCUUGCAGAGGUACAAGCACGUUUUAUGUGCAGACGAUCAUUAUAGCAGCUGGCAAGAGGUUGAGGCAGAGUGUAAGGAAGAUCCUGAGGGUCUGGCACUUAGAUUGGCUGGGAAAGGAGCUGUUUCUGCUGCUUUAGAAGUGGCUGAAAGUGCUGGAUUAUCAGUUGAUUUGCGGAGAGAACUGCAGGGUCGUCAACUUGUUAAGCUUCUUACUGCUGACCCUUUAAAUGGCGGAGGUCCUGCAGAAGCAUCACGUUUUCUUUCUUCCCUACGUGACACUGAUGAUGCUCUACCAGUUGCUGUGGGUGCAAUGCAGCUAUUGCCUAACCUGCGGUCAAAGCAGCUCCUAGUUCACUUUUUCCUGAAGAGAAGAGACGGUAAUUUGUCAGAUGUUGAGGUUUCUCGGCUUAAUUCAUGGGCCGUAGGUCUUCGUGUCUUGGCUGCCUUGCCGUUGCCAUGGCAGCAGAGAUGUUCUUCUCUGCAUGAGCAUCCUCAUUUGAUUCUGGAGGUCCUUCUGAUGAGAAAACAGCUUCAAUCUGCUUCUCUGAUACUUAAAGAAUUCCCUUCAUUGAGAGACAACAGCGUAAUUCUUACUUAUGCUGCCAAAGCUGUUGCUGUCAGUAUCAGCUCUCCUUCUAGAGAGCCUCGGAUAUCAGUUUCAGGUCCAAGAGCAAAGCAGAAGACUAGAACAGGCAUGCCUACAAGGUUAUCUUUUACCAACAGUCUAAGUAACUUGCAAAAAGAGGCUCGUAGAGCUUUUUCUUGGACUCCACGCAAUACUGGUGAUAAGACUGCACCAAAGGAGGUUUACAGGAAAAGGAAGAGUUCUGGAUUAACUCAAUCUGAAAGAGUUGCUUGGGAGACAAUGACUGGUAUUCAAGAGGAUCGUGUUUCAUUUUACUCUGCUGAUGGGCAAGAACGGCUUCCUUCCGUUUCAAUUUCUGAGGAAUGGAUGCUCACAGGUGAUCCUAACAAGGAUGAUGUUGUCCGUUCUUCUCAUCGAUACGAAAGUGCCCCCGACAUUGUUCUCUUUAAGACGUUACUUUCAUUGUGUUCGGAUGAAUCAGUGUCCGCCAAAGGUGCUCUAGACUUGUGCAUUAACCAGAUGAAAAGUGUGUUGAGUUCCCAGCAGUUGCCUGAAAGUGCAUCAAUGGAAACUAUUGGUCGAGCAUAUCAUGCGACAGAAACAUUUGUACAGGGACUGCUUUUUGCCAAGUAUCAGUUGAGAAAGCUUGCUGGAGGUAGUGACUUGUCUAGUAAUUCUGAAAGAAGCAGAGAUGCAGAUGAUGCAUCCUCUGAUGCUGGCAGCUCUAGUGUGGGUAGUCAAUCCACUGAUGAGCUGUCUGAAGUUCUAUCACAAGCUGACAUUUGGCUAGGGCGUGCCGAACUGCUGCAAAGCCUUCUGGGGUCGGGAAUUGCUGCUUCGCUGGAUGAUAUUGCUGAUAAAGAAUCAUCGGCACGUCUCCGAGACCGGUUAAUUCUAGAUGAACGGUACAGCAUGGCCGUAUAUACAUGCAAGAAGUGUAAAAUUGAUGUUUUCCCUGUGUGGAAUUCGUGGGGGCAUGCUUUGAUUCGGAUGGAGCACUAUGCACAAGCUCGUGUGAAAUUUAAGCAAGCUCUUCAAUUGCAUAAGGGUGAUCCUGCACCUGUGAUUCUGGAGAUCAUUAAUACAAUUGAAGGGGGCCAACCUGUUGAUGUUUCAGCUGUUCGUUCCAUGUAUGAACAUUUGGCUAAAAGUGCACCAGCGAUUCUCGACGACUCUCUUUCUGCUGAUUCAUAUCUUAAUGUUCUUUACAUGCCAUCUACAUUUCCACGUUCAGAAAGAUCACGACGUUUUCAGGAAUCAACUGAUGAUAAUUCCAAAAAUAGUUCAAAUUUUGAAGAUGGACCUCGCAGCAACCUUGACAGCAUUAGAUACUCUGAAUGCAUUAACUAUUUACAAGAAUAUGCGCGUCAGCAUCUGCUUGGUUUUAUGUUCAGGCAUGGCCACUAUAAGGAUGCUUGCAUGUUGUUCUUUCCUCCUAAUGCCGUGCCUCCUCCUCUUCAACCAUUGUCUCUGGGUGUAGUCACAUCAUCUUCUUCCCCACAAAGAGCAGAUCCGCUGGCAACUGAUUAUGGGACAAUUGAUGAUUUGUGUGACUUGUGCAUUGGUUAUGGGGCAAUGUCUGUUUUGGAGGAAGUGAUAUCAGCAAGAAUAUCAUCACCAAUACCACAGGAUGUAGGAGUGAUUCAGCAUAUAGAUGUGGCACUUGCAAGAAUUUGCAUCUAUUGCGAAACUCAUAGGCAUUUCAAUUAUCUGUAUAUGUUUCAGGUCAUCAAGAAAGAUCACGUGGCUGCUGGACUUUGCUGUAUUCAGUUAUUUAUGAACUCUUCUUCACAAGAGGAAGCUAUUAAACACUUGGAGCAUGCCAAGAUGCAUUUUGAUGAAGGAUUGUCAGCACGAUACAAAGCAGGAGAUUCUAUGAAGCUUAUUACCAAGGGAACUCGAGGAAAAAGUGCCUCAGAAAAGCUUACUGAAGAAGGACUUGUGAAGUUUUCUGCUCGGGUUGCAAUCCAGGUGGAUGUUGUGAAAUCAUUUAAUGAUGCAGAUGGACCACAAUGGAAGCAUUCUCUUUUUGGGAAUCCAAACGACCCUGAAACAUUCAAGAGAAGGUGUGAAAUUGCAGAGACUCUUGCUGAGAAGAACUUUGACUUGGCUUUCCAAGUGAUCUAUCAGUUCAAUCUUCCUGCUGUUGAUAUAUAUGCCGGUGUUGCGGCAUCACUUGCUGAGAGGAAAAAGGGUGGUCAAUUGACAGAAUUUUUCAAAAACAUUAAAGGCACAAUUGAGGAUGAGGAUUGGGAUGAGGUGUUAGGCGCUGCAAUAAAUGUGUAUGCUAACAAACACAAAGAGCGCCCAGACCGGCUCAUAGACAUGUUAAUUAGUCCCCACAGGAAGGUGUUGGCCUGUGUGGUGUGUGGUCGUCUUAAAAGAGCAUUUCAAUUUGCUUCUCGAAUUGGAAGUGUGGCUGACGUUCAAUAUGUUGCACAUCAGGCAUUGCAUGCAAAUGCGCUUCCUGUGCUUGAUAUGUGCAAACAGUGGUUGGCUCAGUACAUGUAGAUCAUUGCUCAGAGGCUGUACUACAAGAUCAUUUGUGAGUUAUUUCCAGUUUAAAUUGAUUUUUUUAACCUUUGUAUUUGCCGUUGUAAAUAUUGAAGAACAAACAUGUAAAUAUCUGUGCGCUCAAGAGAGAGAGAGAUAUAUACUGUUAAUAAAAUUUACUUCUGGUACAAUGGUAAAAGCAGCAUGAGAAUGUGAAUUGGAGUUUUAGAAUAGUCGCUUGGUACAUAAAAAGUUAAAUGUGUCGCGCCCUUGGUUGGAUGGACCUAUAUUGUCCUGGAUACCUGGCUUGAUAAUAUGAUAUGUUUACGAUCUUCAAAAUAUGCUUGAUUGAAAUGUUAAAUUGCACUUGCUUCCCAUGAAAGGAUUGUCAUGCACUUUCCCUGAACUAAUCUGGUAAAUUGUUGGUAUUGUAAAUUACAAGAAUCCUUGGGGUCCUCCAUAGGUUUCCAAGAAUUGUAAAUUGAAGGAUGUGAUGUGGAACAUGUAAACUGAUUCAAGAAGGAAAUUAUCUAUGAAUGCAAGAUGUGAAAAUUAGAAGAGAACAUAUUGAAAAAAGUGAUUGGAGUGUCAGGACAACUUAUUUACAAUGGACAGUGAACAUUCUAAUAGGGCAAAGCUAUUUACAGCAUCUUGAUAGACAAUAUCAAUUUGUGUCAUAAAAGAAAUGUUUUGCUAGAACGAUUAUAUAUACUGCUCAUUAGUUUCACAUUGUUGAUCCACAUUUCGUUGUGGGUUUUUUUUAAAAAAUUUGAAUUUAUUAUCAUGACUUUAGAUGGACCUCAAUGGAGGAACAUACUACAUAUAAUUUGAGUAUCCUACAAUCCAUUAAUAGGCAUUUCUUACAACCUAAUGAAAUAGAGGUUCUUUGAGUUUCCCUGUGAAAUGAGGCAUGGAUGGAAGGAUGCCACCAUUAACAGGUUUUCUGAUGAGAUGAAGAGUUGUUACUGAACGACAACAUAUACAUAUGCACACAUAUACAUUUCUGUUUACAAAAUGACAAUCAACAUCUAUAUGCUUCCAUGUGUUAAUGAAAUACAGGAUUGGAAGCUAAUUAUCUGUGCAUAUAUGUUGGAGAGGUGAUGGAAAUAUCUACCUUGAAGUUUUUUUAAAGUUGCUGUCAUUCUGAAAACUGGGAAUCCGAAUGAGGUUCGCAGACCCUCUCUGGAUUCGGUUCUUUGGACUGGAUAUCGCAUUUGGAACUUCUUAUAUUUACAUGGUGUUGUUACAGGCUAAGGACAAACCACGGAUAUUUGUCUCCACUUAUAUAGAAAUUUCGUGAAUUUUGGCAUUUAGUUUGACAGUUUUUGAAAUGAUCAAACUACGUCUUAAGAAUGUCUUAGAACCGAAGGGACGGAUUGUAAAUAUCCAGAGGGUUUAGUCCUUCCCCCAAUGGUGGCUGAGAAACCCUCUGUUGCCAAAAAGGAAAAGAUUGAUGCACGACGAAGAAUUGAAAAAAAAAAAAAUGAGGAUAAAAAUGUGUGAAAACCAACAAAACCUCUCCUUUUCACGAUUUGUUUCAAUUGUUGAAUUUCAGCUGAUAUGAGAGAGUAGUCGGAUUGGUGGUUUACAAUAAGAGUCUUGCUUUUUUAA